CGUUCCGGAGCUGGGCUCCCGCGCUGCGCCCUAGGCCUGCAGGCGCGCGGGCCGGUGGGUGGCCCUCCGCUCGCCGUGGUGCCAUGGUGCCGCCGCCGCCGCCGCUGUCACCGCCUCUUUGCACGCUGCCACCGGGCCCCGGGCCCCCGCGCUUCGUGUGCUUUUGCGAGGGGGAGGGAGAGGACGGAGGCCCCGGCGCCUUCAACCUCUAUGUGACCGACGCAGCGGAGCUAUGGAGCACCUGCUUCACGGCGGACAGCCUGGCGGCCCUCAAAGCCCGUUUUGGCCUGAGCGCGGCUGAGGAUAUCACUUCCCGGUUCAGGGCAGCCUGCGAGCAGCGAGCUCUGACUUUCGUCCUGCAGGAGGACCGAGCAUCCCUCACGCUUUCAGGGGGUCCCUCAGCACUGGAUUUUGACCUCUCCAAGGUGCCGGGCCCAGAGGCAGCCUCCAGGUUGCAGGCGCUGACACUGAGGCUGGCCGGCCAAGUGUGCACCUUGACGAGGCAGCUGGCAGCUGCGGAGGUGACAGCUGCCAGCCCCAGAAAGAGCCCUUGUCUGGGGCCUCAGCUCUUCUUACCGGACCCAGAUCCUCAGAGAGGCGGCCCUGGACUCGGGGUCAGGAGGCGGUGUCCAGGAGAGUCCCUCAUCAACCCCGGCUUCAAGAGUAAGAAACCAGCCGGUGGUGUAGACUUUGAGAGCCCCUGAGGGUGCAGCAGAGUAUGAUCCUGCCAGCAAUCUGCCUGUGAGGUGGGGACAGCCUUUGAGAGCCGUCUGCGCGCACCCAUCCUACCGGAGGGUCGGGCACGCCUGCUCCCCACACCCCUUCUCCGUUGAAUAAAUGCUUCCUCGCAGGGAGGAACCGGCCACA